CUCUUGAUAGCCUUUAUUAACCUAUCCUGGUCCUUGGAGUCUAGCCAUGAUCCAGAGCCUUCAUCGGAUUUACAAACAUCGGCCACCUCUGCCAAACUUCUAAACCUUGGCGGUCUCUUGGGAGGAGGAAAUGGUUAUUAUCCCAAUAAUAAUCGUCCAAAUUAUUAUCCACAAAAUGGUUAUUAUCCUUCCACAGGUUAUUAUCCCCCCAAUAGUGGCUACUAUCCCAGCAAUGGAUUUUAUCCAAGUAGUAAAUACCCAACAAAUGGUUACUACCCUACAAAUGGCUAUUACCCCACAAAUUCGUAUCCCACUACUGGCUAUCCCAAUUCCGGAUGGAAUAAUGGUGGAAGUUAUUAUCCCAGUGGCACAGGAACAAACAUCCUAGGUGGUAAUGGCGGUUAUGGCGGCUACGGAGGUAAUGGUGGUUUACGUCAAUACAGUGGUUAUUGGAAUCCUAAUUAUCAGGGUCGUCGAAAUCUUGGUUAUGGCUAUCAUAAAAAUACCGACCGUUAUGGCCUACCAAAGCUUAGUGGCAAAGCGCAAUAUACUAGCCGCCAAGAUACCGAUUGUAGACCAAAUACAUAUAGAGGCUAUGAUUGA